AUGAAGAUCUGGACCUCAGAGCAUGUCUUCGACCACCCCUGGGAAAUAGUCACAACGGCUGAGAUGCAGAAGUACCCCAACCCGAUGAACCCCAGCGUGGUGGGCGGCGACGUCCUGCACAGGCACGUGGACCCCUCGGGUAAGCUGCACAGCCUGCGGCUUCUGAGCACGGACUGGGGCCUGCCUUCUGUGGUGCGUAAUAUUUCCUUUACAAAUGUGGUCUCUGUGGACGAGAGGCUCAUCUACAAGCCUCAUCCUCAGCACGCGGGCAAAACGAUUCUCACUCAGGAAGCCAUCAUCACCGUCAAGGGCGUCAGCCUCAGCAGCUACCUGGAAAGUCUCACGGCGGGUACCAUCUCUUCCAACGCUAGCAAAGGUCGAGAAGCCAUAGAAUGGGUAAUAAACAAAUUAAACGCUGAGAUUGUAGAAUUGACGGCCUCCACUAGAGGAAGCAUAAGGACGCCGAUGGCAGAGGCAGCAUUUGGAGAAAAAUGA